AUGGGAAUGUGCAAAUAUGUCUGUGCCACUUGCCAUGAACACGCUACCUGCAAGCAAAGAGAAGGGAUGAAGAUGUGUGUUUGCAAAUAUGGAUUUGUGGGCAAUGGGAGGACUUACUGUAUUGAUAAAAACGAGUGCCAGUUUGGAGCCACUGUGGUCUGUGGAAACCACACAUCUUGCCACAACACGCUCGGAGGCUUUUACUGUGUUUGCCUAGAAGGAUAUCGAGCCACAAACAACAACAAAACAUUCAUUCCCAAUGAUGGCAGCUUUUGCACAGAUGUAGAUGAGUGUGAGGUUUCCGGCCUGUGCAAGCAAGGAGGACGGUGUGUGAACACUUACGGAAGUUUCGAAUGCUACUGUAUGGAUGGAUACUUGCCAAAGAAUGGACCCGAGCCUUUCCACCCGACCAGAGACGCCACGUCAUGCACAGAAAUAGACUGUGGCACCCCUCCUGAGGUCCCAGAUGGCUUUAUCGUCGGAAAUUAUACUUCUGGGCUUGGCAGCCAGGUUCGUUAUGCUUGCAAAGAAGGAUUUUUCAGUGGCCCGGAAGAUACAGUUUCAAGCUGCACAGCCUUGGGCACAUGGGAGUCCCCAAAAUUAAAUUGCCAAGAGAUCAAGUGCGGCCAUCCUCCGCAGGUGCAGCAUGCACUGCUGGUGGGGAAUCACAGCUCCAGCCCGGGCAGUGUGGCUCACUAUGUCUGUCAGGAGGGCUUUGAGAGCCCUGGAGGAAAGAUCACUUCUGUUUGCACGGAGAAAGGCACUUGGAGAGAAAGUACUUUGACAUGCACAGAAAUAAUUACAGAAAUUAGUGAUGUAUCAGUGUUUAAUAACACCUGUGUGAGGUGGCAGAUAAACCCAGGAAGCAUCAUCUCCAAGAUUGUUUACGUGAUAUACAUGAAAGGACAACGGUUGUACCCUGUGGGAUCAGUUCAUGAGGAGACAGUCAACGUGACCACAGACAGCAGGACCCCAGAAGUGUGCCUAGAUCUGUACCAAGGCACCAACUACACCGUGAGCGUGUCCACCGCCCCUCCCUCGCACUCCAGGCCGGCCAUCAUUGGGUUCCAGACGGCUGAAGAUGAUCUCUUAGAAGAUGAUGGAAUUUUCAAUAUUUCAGUAUUCAGUGAAGCUUGUUUGAAACUGAACAGGCACCCCAGGAAACUUGGAUCAGAACAAAUGUACCAAUUUAAAGUUCUGGGUCAAAGGUGGUAUCUGAAUAAUUUUUAUCAUGCAACAUCAUUUAACUUUACAACAAGGGAACAAGCUCCAGUGGUAUGUUUAGACCUGUACCCAGCAACUGAUUACACAGUGAAUGUCACUCUCCUGGGAUCUUCUGAGCAGCACUCAGUGCAAAUAAUGAUGACAACCGCACCAGCAGUAAAACAGAUCAUCGGUAACAUUUCAAUAUUUAAUGAAACCUGCUUGAGAUGGAGAAGUACAAAGACAGCUGAUAUAGAGGAGAUGUAUUCAUUCCACAUUCGGGGCCAGAGAUGGUAUCAGAAGGAAUUUGCCCAGGAGAUGAUCUUUAAUAUCACUGCCAGGAGCCAGGCCCCUGAGAUGUGCUUGGACCUGCGUCCGGGUACCAACUACAGUGUCAGCGUCCACGCUUUGUCUUCUCAGCUUCCCGUGGUCCUCUCCCUGACAACGCAGAUUACAGAGCCUCCCCUUCCGGAAGUAGACUUUGUCACAGUGCAUGGAGGGUCUCUACCACGUCUGAGACUGAGGAAAGCCAAGGAGAAAAAUGGACCUAUCAGUUCAUAUCAGGUGUUAGUGUUUCCCCUGGCCCUCCAAAGCACAUUUUUUUGUGAUUCUGAAGGGACCACCUCAUUCUUUAGCAACACUUCUGACGCUGAGGGAUAUGUGGCUGCAGAACUACUGGCCAGAGAUGUUCCAGAUGAUGCCACGGAGAUAUCUAUUGGAGACAGGCUGUACUAUGGGAAAUACUAUAAUGCACCUUUGAAAAAAGGGAAUGAUUACUGCAUUAUAUUACGAAUCACAAGUGAAUGGAAUAAGGUGAGAAGAUGCUCCUGUGCAGUUUGGGCUCAAGUGAAAGAUUCGUCAUUCAUGCUGCAGCAGAUGGUGGGCGUCGGGCUGGGCUCCAUGGCCGUUGUGAUUGUUCUCGCAUUCCUCUCCUUCUCAGCCGUGUGAUUGCAGAUGGGCGCUACGUGUGGGGGACGCAGUGCUGCUGGGGCAGGUGUUAUGACAGCUUCUCAGGGGCCUGCCUACACAGAGGCCCCGUGUGGCUUCCAUCCAGGUGUGUCUGGGUCUGCAACUUUUUCCAUCCCCAGCUUGGCCCCAUUUCUGGAUUCAAGAUGGUGAAUACCUCUGUGGAAUGCCCCCCAAGAGGAGGAAACUCAGGAAUUGCUGACGUCUUCUUUGCCUGCUACACAACCAGUUCUGUGUCCGUGUACUUGAGACCCUUGAAAGAGAGUGUAAUACUGACCACAGGCUACAGAUCAUGUGGGUUGGACCUUUGUCUUCCUCUGAGUGAUUCCUGAGAGUC